GCACAAGCAAACCAGUACAGGCUGAUCCUUUAUCAUGAGAUUCCGAAUCUACAAGAGGAAGGUGGUGAUACUGACUCUGGUGGUUGUCAUCUGUGGCCUAGCUUUCUGGAGCAGCAGCAGGCAAAAGAACGAAAGUGGCUCAUUCCCCAAGGAACUGGAGACAGUGAAGAGGAGCAGCAGCAGCAGUAGUGUCCACAGUCAUCUCCAGGUGCAAGCUACUGCUGCAGUUAGCCGGGCCCCUGCUCCACCACCUAUUCAGGCAAAUGACACGCACCAGGAAAAAGCAAAAGACAAAGGCAAAUUGACAAAGCUGGAGGUAGACAAUGCCACUUUAGUCUACCGUGGCAUUGUCUUCCAACUGAAUUUUGACCAGACGAUAAGAAACGAAGAAAAGUUUAAGAAAAACCGACACAAAGACGAUCUGGUUGUGGUAGUUCAGGUUCAUAAUCGACCCGACUACCUCAAACUGUUAGUGGAUAGUCUGCGAAAGGCCAGAGGUGUGGAGAGCAUUUUGCUGAUAUUCAGCCAUGAUUACUGGUCCCCAGAGAUUAAUAAAGUGGUGGCCUCUGUUGACUUCUGUCAAGUUCUUCAGAUUUUCUUCCCCUUCAGCAUUCAGCUGUACCCACAAGAAUUCCCAGGAAAUGACCCCCGGGACUGCCCCAGAGACAUUCCCAAAAAAGACGCCUUAAAGCUUGGCUGCAUCAACGCAGAGUAUCCAGACUCCUUCGGCCACUACCGGGAGGCCAAGUUCUCCCAGACCAAACACCACUGGUGGUGGAAGCUGCACUUUGUGUGGGACAGAGUCCAUGUUCUUAAAGACCACCAAGGCCUGGUUCUUUUAAUUGAGGAGGACCACUACUUGUCUCCAGACUUCGUUCAUCUCCUAAAGCUGAUGAGAGCUCUCAAACGGGAGCAGUGUGCCGACUGUGACAUCCUUUCACUGGGGAGCUACAGCCACAUCGGCUACUCCAGUAAAGCCAACAAGGUGGAGGUGAAAGCCUGGAAGUCCACGGAGCACAACAUGGGGAUGGCUCUAAGCAGAGACACGUACCAGAAGCUCUUCCAGUGCACAGACACGUUCUGCACUUACGACGACUACAACUGGGACUGGUCCUUGCAGCACCUCACCGUGUCCUGCCUGCCCUCCUACUGGAAGGUCAUGGUGAGCGAAGCGCCUCGGAUUUUCCACGCAGGAGACUGUGGCAUGCACCACAAGAAGGCAGCCUGCAUGCCCGUCAGCCAGAAAAUCAAGAUUGAGAACAUCCUACAAAGCAGUGGGAACCAGCUGUUCCCCAAAAACCUCUUGAUUACAAAGAGACUGCCAGCCAGUGGGGCCGGAGGGGUGGCCCCACAUGUUAAAAACGGUGGCUGGGGAGACAUCAGGGACCAUGAACUCUGCAAGAGUUAUGUUCGAUUACAGUGACCUUAAUUGAUACUAUUAUAUAUUCUUGUCUCCUUUUUG